AUGAAAAACAAAUGUAUUCAAACAGACAUCAGUUAUUUUAGAAGAACAGAUGAGUAUUCAUAAACAAUAGAUCAUGAUUUUGAAUAAGCAUUACAAUUGUAAAACAAUCCUAAAUUGGUUUCAAUAAAAGAAUAAUUUAAGUAAUUGUAAGAUAUAUACCCUUAUGAUAUUCAUUUAAAUUAUGAAAAAGAAGAGUCAAUUCAAUUUCAAUUAUAAUUAAAGAGCUUUUUAGAUGAAUAAUCUACAUCUUAAAUUGUUCUUUUAAUAAAAGGUCCUAUAUUUUCAAUUGAUGUAUUAUUUAAUUCAACAUUCUUAUAAGAAGAGAAAUAAGAAAUUCUAAAUAUAGUUUCUAGUUGUUAAAAUUCGAAUCUAUUGGAAACAAUAAUUUAAUUAGAAACUAAAUUAACUGAAAUUGAUAAAGAAUUUAUUAAAAGAAGAGCAGUAAAUUAAUACAAAUUUGUUAAUAAUUAUUAAUAAGUGGAAUAAUAUAGUGAACUUUAGAUAACAAGAAGUAUAUCAAAUGUAUUUGGUAAUAUAAGUGAAGAUAUAGAUAUGAAGUAAUCUAUUCUAGGUUUUGAUUCAUUUAAGGAUCAUUUAGUAGAAAAGUAUGACAAUUCAGAACCUCAAUUUCAUCCUGUUUCUACAUCAAAUCCAAUUGAAUAAAUAUCUUAAUUAUAAGCAUGUAGUUUCUCUAGAUUUUAAUAAGAUUUUUCUGAAAUACAACUUAUAGGAAGUGGAGGUUUUGGUAAAGUAUUUAAAUCUAGAAAUAAAUUUGAUGGAAAUUAUUAUGCAUUAAAGAGAAUUGUCUUAGAUUAUUCAAAUAAAAAAUUAACUGAAAAAACUAAAAAUGAAGCUGUUUUAUUAUCUAGAAUACAACAUCCUAAUAUUGUAAGAUAUUAUCAAGCAUGGACUGAAGAAUAUGUUAAAGAUUAAUAUGAAAAUAUUGAAGAUGAUGAAGAAUUUGUUGAAGAUUCUGAAGAAGAAUCUGAAGAAGAUGAACCAUAAUAAAUAAGAAAAGGUAGUAGUAUAAGUUAAGAAGAAUAUUAUGAAGAAGAUAUAUAAUAUGAAUAUUAAGAUAAUAAUGAUAUGGAUUUUUAAAUUGAAUGGGUAAAUUGUGAUUAAUAAAAUUAAGAGGAAUCCAUUCAAACACCUGAAAUCAAACCUCAUUAACCAAAAUAAAAUAGUAAUAAAUAAUUAUUAUAUAUUUAAAUGGAAUAUUGUACAGGAGAUACUUUAAAAAAAAAGAUUGAUGAACAAAAUCUUACUUCAGAAUAAAGAAAAAAGAUCAUUAGAUAAAUUUUAGAUGCAUUAUAUUAUUUACAUAGAAAUAAUAUUAUUCAUAGAGAUUUAAAACCUUAAAACAUCUUUUUGGAUGGAGAUUUAAAUGUCAAAUUAGGUGAUUUUGGUCUAGCUACAGAAAUGAAAUAGGAAAUUAAAUUCAUUGAUCAUAAAUUAAUGAGAAAUUCAAGUACAAUAUAAACUAAUCAAAAUCAAAGAUCAGGUUUAACUUCAGGAGUUGGUACUUUCUUAUAUUUGGCACCUGAAUAAGAAUAAAGUCAAUAUGAUUCAAAAGUUGAUAUUUAUUCUUUAGGUAUAAUUCUAUUUGAAAUGUAUUAUCCAUUUAAAACAGAUAUGGAAAGAAUUAAUUAUAUUACUUAAUUAAGAGAAUAAUGUAAAUUUCCAAAAGAUUUUGAUUAAAAAGUUGGUAUGGUUGAUAAUGAAAUUAGAGAUAAGAUAACUGCUUUAGUGAACAAAGAUCCUUAAAAAAGACCUGCUACAUAAAGUCUCCUUAAUGAAUACAAAGACAAAAGAGUUUAAUAAGUAAUUAGAUCUAUUGCUAAUCCUAAUUGUCCUGAUUUUAAUGAAUUAGUUUAAACACUUUUUGAAUGUAAACAAUUAAAAUAAUAAAAUAAUUUUUUUACUUCCUGUCUAGAGGAAGCUAUUAGUUAAAGUCCUGAGACAUUUUUUAAAAAUUUUUAAUCUGGUAUUAUAGAAUUAUACACAAGAAUUGAAAAGAUAUUUAAAUUAAGAGGAGCAUUUUAAUUAAAUUUUAAUCCCCUUAUUCCUACAUAAAAUAUAUUGAAAUUUUUAUCUAUUAGUGGUUAAAUUGAAGAGUAUGAAAAUUGUCUUUAUUAAAAUUCAAGUUUUAGAUACAUAACUCAAGAAGGAGAAUUAGUUUAAUAUUGUCAAAAUCUAAUUUAGCCAGUAAUUUAUUGGUUGAAAUUACUUCCACUUAAUAAUUUUAAAAGAUACACUUUAGGUGAAGUCUAACAUUCUGAUAGGCUUUAACUCUCGAAACAUAAUUGUGCAUCAUAUGACAUUAUAUUAGAACAAGAUCCAGGACCAUCAAAAUUUAUUGAAUUAUUAAGUAUAUCUAGAGAUGUGAUAAAUUAAUUUCAUAAUCUGAAUAAUUUUGAAUUGAAAAUCAGUCAUACAUAAUUUUUUGAAUUAAUUCUAUUAGAAUUAGAUUUCAAUUCUUAAACUGUUAUAAGAAUGUUAAGACAUUAAACUAUUUUAUAAAAAAUUGCAAAACUUAAUUCAACUAUUAAUGGAAGUUCAUAAUUUAAAGAUUAAUAAAAAGAAAUAAUUUUAAUAUUAAGUGAAGAAUUCAAUUUUACUGAUGAUAAAGCUGAAAAGUUUCUAGCACUUAUGACUUUAAAAAUACCAUAGAUCUAUAUAAAUGAAACUCAUCAUUCAUCAAAAACUAGUGAAAGUGGUAGAAAAACCUAAGAACCUAAACCAAAAAGAACAUUGAGAGAAUAGUUAAAGGGUUAUUUUACUAAAUAAGAAUAAAAAUUUUAAGAAAUAAUAAGUGAAAUUGAAAAAUUUGAAGAACUUGCAAAAGAAACAUAAGUUUUAUGUGAUUUUAAAAUAGUUUAUGAAGUAUUCUAAAUGAAUGAAUUAUGGUAUUAUUAUUCUGGAAUAUGUUUUGAAGUAUAAUAUAUUUAUAUUUAUUUUUUUAGUUUGUUGAGAUUAGAAAAGAAUAAACAUAUUUAAGUAAGAAUAUGUAGUAUGAGAUUAUGCAUUCAAGAUCUGAACCUGUUACUAAAAACAAGUAUAUUAUUUUUUUUAUUAUAUUAGUUGUCCGAAAAGACAUCAGAAAGGUAAUAUUGAUAGUUUUAUUAUUGGGGGAAAUUACAGUCAUUAUAUAAAUAAUAAAGAGAAUGGGAAACAUGCUUGUGGGAUUUAAAUAUAUAUGGAUUAAUUCUAUUAUAGAAAAUUUGUUAAUCAUUUGAACAACAAUUUUAAUGGUAGAGUAUAAUAAACAUUUGAUAUAUUUAAAUGGCCUGAUUGUUUAACUAAUUUUAAGAGUCUUACUUUGAGUGUAUUAAUUGUGGUUGAAAAUUUAUCAAUGAAAUAAGCUGUGAAUUUAGCUGUUCGUUUUUGGAAUUAUAGAAUAGCUGUAAUAAAAUAUUAUUAUUAUAAUAGACAAUGAUUGUAUGUAGUAAGAGUUUAAAUAAUUCAGCAUGGAGUUAUAAGAAGAAUGUAGAAAUAAAAUUGAGUUUAACUAAAAAAUUGAAUGAAGUUAAAUGUAUAAUGAAGAAAUAUCGUGAAAAAAAAGAGGAAGAAGUUCCAUAUCAAGAGAUCUUAUAAAGGACUAUAAGUUAUUUAAAAGAAUAUGUAAAAAAUGAAGGAGGUGAAUAUAAAUAUAGUAAAAGAGCAUAAUCAAAAUAAAAAUAGUGAUUAUUAUUAACGACAAUAAUUUAAUAAAUACAUUUGAAUUUUUUGGUUAUUAUUUAAUUUUUAAUAAAAAAUUUGAAAAAAGAAGAUUGGCAAUGGUUUUUAAAAUAUUUAAGUCAUUAUUAGUCAAGAACAGGACCAAAGAAUCAAGUGCUAUUUGACGGAGAGAAGAGGAACUCAAUAAGAACUUAUAAUGGUAUAAGUAUUAAUUUAGAUAAUAGAUAAUGUGAACAACAGACAAGGAUUUAAAAUAGGAUGGGACAUAGAUUAAACAAGAAAGGAAGAUUUAAAAAUUGCAGGUAAAGUUGGUUAAGAUUAAAGAAAUAAUAAUGGUAAUACAUACCAAGGUAAUCCUUAUUAAGGUUAAUAAGUAUUAAUUAACAAUAUAAAUAGGAUGAUGAUUAUAUGAAGUAAAUGUAUUAUCAAGAGAUGAAUAAAAAGUAAGAAUAAGCUGGUAUCUAACAUAAAUAACCAGAACAGUAUUAUUAAGAUUCUCUUGACCAAUACAAUAAUGGAAAACCAUAUGGAAAUUACAAUCAUAAUAAUUAAGACAAUUAUAAUCAUGAUUAUGAACACUAAUAACCAUAAUUAUUGUAAUAAUCCAAUAAAUAUGAUCAUUAUCAAUAACCAAAUGAUGAUGAAGGUCUCUAUUAAAAAGUAUAACAGUUAUUUUUAUUAUCUAAGUAUAAAUAAGGAAAUAGUGGUAACAAAUCAUAUUCAGCAAAACCACCAAUUCCACAAUACAAUCCAAUAACUGGAGUUGCUUAUGCUAAUCAAAAUACUUUAAAUACAGAUGUUACUAAUAAUUAUCAAGGUGCUGCACAUUAAAAAACUAAUCCUUAUGAAUAAUAAUAAUAAGAUGAUGCUCUCAGUUAAUUUAGUUAAUGUAUUAGAUACAAUCAUAAACAAUAGUAUAAUAGCAUAAAAUUACAUCUAUUAAAAAUAAGAGUUCUAAUAUUUUCAAUGUAGAUCUCCAAGAAACUGAAAAUAUUAAUGAUACUCGAUAGAAUAGUAGAAUUUUGAAUAGAAAGAAGGAAUUAGAUGAUGCAUAAUAUAAAGGCUAUGGUAAGUAACUAUUGUAUCCAUAGGACAAUUUUAUAAGAACCCUAUUGAAUAAGCUCCAACUUAAUAUAGAGAAUAGAAAUUUAUUAACAGAAAUAAGAUUGAUAAUCACAUAUUUCCAAAAUGA